UCCUGCCUUCGCCUGCUGUAUCUAGCUAUCUACUGAGCUCUGACAGAAGUACGAGUGAGAGAGCAUUGGCCCUCAGCGAGCGGUGUGGGGAAAAAAAGAGUGAAACAUUUUUCAAGAACCUUUUACCAAAGGCUUUGGCUCUAACCUCAGCUGCUUUGGGGAUUUAGUUGUCUUUUCUACUUUCGUGUAUAACGUUUAUUUUUUUACUUAUUCAACGGCUGAGAUGGAUUCUGACGCUGGCUCCAACUCCAGCCGCUCCUCAUCUCCAGACCUGGUGGUGGAUGACUCCAUGGGUAGCUUCUUCUCCAACAAGAUGUUUCAGGCCUACUGCCAGGAGGAGGGGGCAGCCAGGGCUGCCGGCCAGGGCAGGGCUGACCGCUGUGCUGGGGGAGGCAAGAGCAAGACCCGGGCUGACCUCAAAGAGGGUGACGAUGUGCAAGACCUUAGGCUGAAGGUGAAUGGCAGAGAGAGGAAGAGGAUGCAUGACCUGAACCAGGCAUUAGAUGGCCUGAGAGAGGUCAUGCCCUACGCUCAGGGGCCCUCUGUUCGCAAGCUCUCAAAGAUCUCCACCCUGCUGCUGGCCCGUAACUAUAUCCUCAUGUUGUCCAGCUCUCUGGAGGAGAUGAAAAAGCUGGUUGGGGAUGUGUACGGAGGCAGUGGUGCCCAGAGUCGCACCAGCCACCCCCGGAUCACCCUUCCGGCCCCCACAGCCCAUCUCCCACUGCACCCCUUGGCCCAGAACCUGCACUCCCUGGUUGGCAGCACGGCCUCAGUUCUCCACCACCCCUCGCCUCCCCCUGCUCCAGCCCCACACUCACCGCCCUCUGCAAGCUACAUGGGCUUCCACCAUGCACCGGUACAGAGCCUGCUGAAGGACCCUCUCCAUCUAGCCAGCUCCUACAGGCACUUCCCUGGAAUGCCCUGUCCCUGCUCGCUCUGCCAGCCUCUACCAACCACCACAUCCACCCUGCACAGCUUUUCCAUGGGCAAGUGA